AUGGUUUUUCCUCCUUCAUUAACUCAAUAUAUCAAGGCGUUCUACAGCUUUUUUGGUAAUCAAUCGCAAAGUUUUGAUCAUCUGGAAGAUAUUACUGCUCCAGAUAACAUUCAUCCACAGCUUGAUGAUAAAUGUCUUAAAGAAGUCUUUAAAAACUUUAAGAAUGAUACAAAAACUUUAUAUUCGUGCGUUUCAGUAAGUCGUAAAUGGUGCGAACAAGCCAUUCCU